UGCGGUGCGGGCGGUGAUUGCCGGGCGGGGCCGCGGGGCCUGUGCUGCCGCCUCAGGAUGUGGUGCCUUUACAUUGUGGCGGCGAUGGUCUGUGGCGGCUUUGACCCGAGCACUGGCCAUGUGUGUCAGCACCGUGUGCCCGUGUCCGGGGAGGUGGUUUACCAAGUUUAUUUAGAGCCAAAUCAAAUUGCUAAGAGAAGUAUUGAUCAGCAAUUAAGAAUCAAAAUUGUAUAUGAUUUAAGCAUCGAAUAUCUAACCUGGGAUAAAAAACGUUUAGUAAAGAAUAAGUUGUUUCCAAAAGCAAUUGAUUAUUUGCAGAAAACAAUCCAGAUUCGCAAAAGAGUUGGUUCAAUUCUGCUAAGCAGGAAAUGUGCAACUGAUCAAUAUUUAAGAAAGAAAGAUGACCCAUACAAAUAUUGUCAAGGUGCCUGUGCUGAGAUCACGAAUUGUGGUCCAGUGAUAGUGCCAGAAGAACAUCUACAGCAAUGCAGGCUAUGUAGUGAAACUGGAGGAUCUUGUGGGUUCUCAGGGCUACCGAAUGGUCCAGGAGUCCAGGAUGCUGACUUUAUCCUGUACGUGAGUGCACUAACUACAGAGCGCUGUGGACAGGAGAAUAUUGUAGCCUAUUCAGCUUCUUGCCAGCUUGAAGCACAGCUGGAUAGGCCAAUUGCAGGAUAUGCAAACCUAUGUCCAAACAUGAUCUCUGCUGAGCCACAGAAGUUUGUAGGCAUGUUGUCUACAGUAAAGCAUGAAAUUGUCCAUGCAUUGGGUUUCUCUGCAGGACUGUUUGCUUUCUAUCGUGAUAAUGAGGGGAAACCACUGACUACUAGAUAUGCUAAUGGUCUCCCACCUUUUAAUGAAACACUUGGCUUGUAUCAGUGGAGCGAUAGAGUCGUACGCAAAGCAAUAAGGUUAUGGAAUGUGAGAGGGAAUAGCAAACUUCGCCAUGAGGUCUUUCUUCUUGUAACUCCACAUGUUGUUAAAGAAGCUCAGAAACACUUUAACUGCACAAUUCUUGAAGGAAUGGAGCUUGAAAAUCAAGGUGGAAUGGGCACAGAAUUGAAUCACUGGGAAAAGAGAUUGCUAGAGAAUGAAGCAAUGACGGGAUUCCAUACACAGAACAGGGUAUUCUCUCGAAUAACCUUAGCAAUAUUGGAAGAUACUGGUUGGUACAAAGCUGAUUAUAGCAUGGCAGAGAAACUAGAAUGGGGUGAAGGCAUGGGCUGUGACUUCGUAAUGAAGAGUUGCAAGUUUUGGAUCGAUCAACAAAGACAAAAGAAUCGAAAUGUAACCCCAUAUUGUGACACAUUGAGAACAACACCAUUGCAGUUGACAUGUCGGCAAGACCAAAGGGCUGUGGCAGUGUGUAAUUUACAAAAGUACUCAAAACAUCUGCCAGCAGAUUAUCAGUAUUUUGACUACCUUGAUGGUAUUCCAUUCCGAGACCUGGAGUACUACGGUGGAUCAGUGGAGAUAGCUGACUACUGUCCUUUCAGUCAAGAGUUUAGCUGGCAUCUAAGUGGAGAAUUUCAGCGUGGCUCUGAUUGCAGAAUUUCUGAAAAUCAACCAGAAUCUUUGCGAAACUAUGGUGCUGAAGAAUAUGGACCAGAUUCUGUCUGCCUGGUUCAGAAGUCUCCAUUUCUUAUGCAGCAGUGUAACAGGAGACAAAGCCAUCCAGACUGGGGCAGUGGAUGUUAUAAGAUUUCCUGUUCAGCUGAAGGACUAAUGAUUUGGAUAACUGACCAGUCUUAUUUAUGCAGUCAAGUUGGACAAGUCAUAUCAGUUAAUGUUAAGAUGAAUGACUGGGUGUACACGGGAAAGCUUGUAUGCCCAUCUUGUUUUAAUUUCUGCAGUUCCUGUCCACCGGAACAUGAUCUACCACCAAGAAAUAAAACCAGGAUGAUUCCUAUAGAUCCCUGCUCCAGCUCAUCAGGACUGGUGGUUACUCUUUGGUUGUUAGUGGCUAACGUCCUCCCUCUGGUGGCAGGAUUUUUCCUCUGCGUAUGGAACUAGUUACACUGUCCCACUGAGUAGCAUAAUAAGGUUGCACUGUUUGGACUAAAACACUGCAAGAGUACAGUACCCUUCUGAAGAAAGAUACCAAGUGCUAUUACCAAAAAGACUGAAGUCUUGUCUUGGACAAAGGAACAAAGCAUGGAUUGACCUUGUUACUUUUAGUUAAUGAAACAUUGUAAGAAAUCAUAAGUCAAAAUGAAGAGGGUGCUGUUUUUGGUACUGAGCAAAAAUGAACUACCUCUUUUAAUACCAUGUGGCAGAAUAAACUAAAUGUAAUCUCUUCCGUGGCUGCAAAAACUCUAAUAUUCUGCAAAUUCUCAGUGGAUUUUAGCAUUUGAAUAUUUUAAAACAUAGGCACUAAUGAUUUGCACAGAUGGUUUAAUGGUCUUCAGUAGUGUGUCAAUCCCACUUGAUUACUUGCACUUCUGCUGCUUGCAUUCUUUUCCUGUUUGCCUCUCAAAGGAACAAGCAUUGCCUAGGUAAUCUUGUUAAUAAUUGAUUGAAAUGCUAGAAAAAUGAUUCUAGUACUAACAUCACAACUGUAAAUCUAGAUUUAUUGCUUGAAGUACAGGAAGAUAUACUGUUGCUUAUAAUAAGGAGCAUUGCUCCUUUCUCCAUCACUAUCUUGGCACUACAACAAUUCUGGAAGCUGCAGUUUCACAUUCUUGUGCAGUUAUAAAGCAAUGCAUAGUAAACAAUGUCCUCAGCAACAGACUCCAUAACCUGGAGAGCAACAGAAUCUGGUAGGAACUGCUAUUUGAGGGUACAUGACGCUAUUUGAAAGAAAGUUACCUAUUAAAUAUUUAUUUGAGUUGGUACUAAACUUUUUUUUAAAUAAACCAGUCAAUCUUUUGUAACCAUAAAUUAAAGCACUCUUAAAAUUAGCUUAUCUGUUAUCACUUAAAUCUAAUUGAAUUUCUUCAUAAAACUACAAUGAUUAUUAAUUUCCAAUUAUAAUAAUA